GAGGAGGAUGCCGGGGGGCGGCCGCCCCCCUCCUCGGGAGCGCGGGCCGGCCCCGGAGCCGCCCCGGCGAGGAAGAGGAGGAGGAGGAGAGGAAGAGAAAGGAGCAGGAGGGAAGUGGGGAAGUUGUGCUUCGCCCGCCCCGCCGAGAGCCGGAGCCAUGGGCCCCGCCGGGGGGGCGCCGGCUGCCCCCUCGCUGCUGCUCUUGCUGCUGCUCGGAGCCUCGGCCCCGCUCUGGCUGCGGGCGGAGACGCUGGGGGAUGGAUGUGGGCACAUGGUGACGUAUCAAGACAGUGGUACCCUGGCAUCCAAAAACUAUCCUGGUACAUACCCAAACUACACUCUUUGUGAAAAGAAAAUCCAAGUGCCUCCAGGAAAACGCCUGAUCUUAAAAAUUGGAGACCUGGAUAUCGAAUCACAGAAAUGCGAAUCCAGCUACCUUACCAUCCAGAGCUCGUCAACAUUGCAUGGGCCAUACUGUGGUAAUGUGAUGCCCGUCCCCAAAGAAAUCAUUCUGGAUAGCAAUGAAGCAACUAUCCAUUUUGAGAGUGGAUCCCACGUGUCAGGACGAGGCUUUCUGUUGUCCUAUGCCAGCAGUGAUCAUCCAGAUCUAAUCACGUGUUUGGAACGAGCAAACCACUACACAAAGGCUGAAUACAGCAGAUACUGUCCUGCUGGCUGCAGAGACAUAGCAGGUGACAUUUCUGGGGAUAUCGGAGAAGGAUACAGAGAUACCUCGCUGCUGUGCAAGUCGGCGAUACACGCGGGCGUCAUCGCGGACGAGCUGGGCGGUCAGAUCAGCGUCACCCAGCAGAAGGGCAUCAGCCGCUACGAAGGCGUCGUCGCCAACGGCGUCCCCUCGCACGAUGGUUCGCUGUCAGAUAAGCGGUUUAUAUUUACUUCAAAUGGCUGCAAUAAAUCUCUCAGUCUGGAAGAGGGAUUCCUCUCCAAGAGCCAGGUUACUGCAUCUUCCUACUGGGAGGAGACCAACGAAUUUGGGCAACUAUUCCAGUGGACCCCUGACAAGGCUUGGCUUCAAGUCCCAGGAUUGGCUUGGGCCUCUAACCACAGCAGCAAUCGUGAAUGGUUGGAGAUAGACCUGGGAGAGAAGAAGAGAAUAACAGGGAUUAAGACCACUGGUUCUGGAUCCACUAUGCUGAAUUUCAACUUUUACGUAAAGACAUUUACAAUGAACUACAAAAAUAACAACUCAAAAUGGAGAACUUACAAAGGGAUUCUGAGCAAUGAAGAAAAGGUAUUCCAAGGCAACUCCAACUCUGGUGAUGUAGUACGCAAUAACUUCAUCCCUCCAAUAGUGGCCCGUUACGUGCGAAUUUUCCCUCAAACUUGGAACCAAAGAAUAGCACUGAAGCUUGAGCUGAUGGGUUGUCGGAUAAUGCAAGCUAAUAGUUCGUUUACGCAUUCAAUGUGGCAGAAACCAAGCCAGAGCACAGAAACCUCCCUUGGAAAAGAAGACAGGACUGUGACGGAGCCCAUCCCGUCGGAAGAAACUAACUUGGGCUUAAAGCUUACAGCUAUAAUUGUCCCCAUCCUCAUCGUGCUGUGUCUGUUCCUGUUCUCUGGAAUUUGUAUCUGUGCAGCCCUACGCAAGCGAGAAGCCAAAGGACUUUCUUAUGGAUUAUCCAGUGCUCAGAAAUCAGGUUGUUGGAAACAAAUCAAGCAGCCCUUCACCAGACAUCAGUCAACUGAAUUUACCAUCAGCUAUAAUAAUGAGAAGGAAACACCACAAAAACUAGAUCUGGUCACCAGUGACAUGGCAGAUUAUCAGCAGCCUCUCAUGAUCGGGACGGGGACAGUAACGCGGAAAGGAUCUACUUUUCGACCCAUGGACACCAAAGACGAGGGAAGAAGGGGGAGUUCAGAGUUUGAAAAUCACUAUCACUGCCCACACAGAGCUAACCGGCACGAGUACGCUCUGCCCCUGACCAGCCAAGAGCCCGAAUACGCCACCCCCAUCAUAGAGCGGCACAUAGCAAGAGAAAAUAAUUUCCCCUCUGAAAACGGCUACAACGUACCUGUCGUCUCGUCUCAGAAGCAAUCCCUUUGUGCCAGCAGCUUCUCCAGUUCAUGUAAGACCGAUACCAGGAACGGAGACUAUCAGACACCCCAGAGUGUCAUAAACUACGACAAACCCAAAGUUAACGGUGUUCUGACCUCCGUGAGCUACAGCACAGACUACCAGAAACCUCAGCCCAACGCCCUCGGGAGCGAGGGUUACUCCACGCCCAGAGACUGCCUAAAACCAAUAAGCCAGACAGCGAUGACGGCUCUCUUGUGAUCUGCCGAGCAGGAGGGACGCGGUGCGCAGGAACGUGGCUGCACAGCUUUCUGAAGUGAAAACAGAGUUUGGAGGGACUCUGCUGCGGGAGGCAGAAGGCAAACAAGCCCUGUGUACAUAAUAUUGCAGUCUUGCUGGGUUCUGACAUCUGAAGAAAGCAUAUGCUGUUUAUCACUGUUUAUAGCAAGAGAGAUGUUAUCAGUGAAGACUGUACAUCUUAUUUUCUGUAACUGAUCUCAGUGCUCCAUUUGCAAUGUGUGCAAUUUGUACAUAGCUUUUAUUUAAGGAGAAUUUCUUAAGUUUCCUUUUCACCUGGGGGAUCGGAAGGAUUGCAGAAAAGCCUAUUUAAGAAAAAACAGGCCUCCUUCUCUGUCUUUAUUUUACCUGUUUUUUGUACUGGCAGCUGUAAAUGGUGUAUCUUGUGGUUGUGGUGGUUCAUCUCCUUUCCUAUGAUAACUGAAGAUAGGGCAUCACUGUAGUUCUUUCUGGGAGGAUAGAAGUAAACUACUUGAAGCAUAACAUGCACAAGAGAAGGCAGCUGAGCAUUUAACUACUGUGCUCAAACCCAACUUCCCGGCUGCUCCUUUAGCCGCAAUUCUUACGUGCUCAAAUUUGAUCUAGCAUAUGAGCUGAGCCUGCUUAACUUGCUAGUCAUGUUAGAAACAGGUAGAAAGGCUGAAACCACUUUUGAGUUCAAGCCAUGGUGAUCACUCUGCAGUAGAAAAAAGACAACAAACAAACCCAACACCUGUCAAUCUGGGUUGGGGUUUUUUGUUUGUUUGUUUGUUUUUUGUUUUUGGGGUUUUUUUUUGUAAGGAAGGGUGUGUGGAACCAAAAUAUGAUUUUACACCUGCAAAUUAAGUCCUAUUCAAGCCCUAGCUGAUGCUUUUGCUGCUAAACUAUAAGGAAAUUUGUUCCUUGCCAUAAAGCAGCUAACUUCCUGAACUCUUCAUUGCUCCACUAGGUAUUUUUCUGUCUCACAAACUGAGUGUAGCAUUUCUAUUUGAAAUAUUUCAACUAAGUAAAACAGUGUGUGUAUGGCUUACGGUCGCAGCUAAAUUUGCAAGACAGCAGAUCAGCACAGUUGUUUUCAAAUAGUUUUUCUUCUGCAGCUAAUGUUACCCUUAAUUCUGGUUUUGGACAAACUUGAAAAAGCAUGGGGAUGGGUGCAAUGUAUCGCACAGUAGCUGACUCCUCUUCCAGCAGAGGCGUCACUGAAGUGAAACAGCUUCUGGUAGCGACUGGGACCGACCGCUGCCCUUCUACCUGCAGCGCUUGGACCGGCACUUCGAAAGCUGGUCCUAAAAUGUCAAGCAGUGAUAUACUUCUGGGAGGGAAGAACGGUGCUAUAUUUAAAGCACAGGGCUGGGAAACGAGACCAGUAAAACCUGAGCUCUGGGAAAGUCGCUACCUGAAGGCCCUCCACUUCCCUGCACGUAAACUGGGGAUAAUUUGCACAGGAUGCAAGAAAGAUUUGUGGUCUGUUCGCAGAGUGCUUUCAGAUCCUUGGGUGGAAAGUGCUGUCGGAGUACGGACUAGCCGCAGUGAUACCACGCACAGAUAGUCCUAACUCCAGCCGCAUCCGACCUUAAGGCAAGCUCUCGGUGGGUUCUUUGCGUACACUUGUUUUUGUGGCCUCAAGUGGUGCCAUUCCCUCACCCUGCCGCACCCUGCAUGCCAUUCCGGUGCAAAGAAAGAGUCGAGGUAACCUUGUAGCCUUCCUGUGGUUGCUGUCAUUACUGUUUCUGUGAAAUGUCUAAAACACCUCAGGUCCUGAAGUGAAACAGCAGCAGCCUGUUUGUUAGACCGAGCUGGGUGGUGUUGUUUACCUUCUGUUGUUUACAUGUCUGUGUAAAUAAAGAACACUGGUAUUUGUAAAUCA